UCGGCACCGCACGCCGCCCGGGAGCAGCCGCCACCCACCAGCGCCAGACAAAGCCGGGUUCGGCGGGGGGCUGCAGCAGGUGGUGAGAGGCGGUUCCCCGCGGAUCGUAGCAGUCCUCGCUGGCGGCAGAGGAGGAUUUGGCUGUUCUCCAUCACUGCGGCGCAGGCAGACGAUCCCCCCCAGCACCUGGGUGGGACAAGAUGGAUGGCAAAGCUACUGCCAAUGGGGUCCCCCUUCCCCAGACCAAUGGCACGGCAACCGCUGGGAAAGGGGCAGCAGUGGGGCAGCCUGCAGCAAACCCCAAGCCUGCCAAGAACGCUGUGAGAUCGGCCCCCGUCUCUGGAGUUAGGCGGCCUGUGACUGACUAUGCCCGCCCACCCACAGCCCCGUGUGGUGGCUCCAAGCUGCUCAGCAAUGGGGUUCCCCCGAGGGCCGAAGCCUCGCAGAGGAAGCUGCCAGUGGCAGCAUCAGCACCCAAAGCUGGUGCUACCUCUGCCAAGCCUACUCCGGCCAAAACAGUGGCCAGGAAGCCAGCAGGUGAUAGCGGGGCAAAGCCUCCGGAGAAGGCUGGGCCAGGCAAGGCCGGGCAGCUGAAGAGUGUGAGAAAGACGCCGGUUCCAACCAUGGCCUUGGUCCCAAAGUCGACCUCAGCAAAGCCCGAGAAACCAGAAUCUGCCAAGCCUUCCAGACCCCCUGCUCCAGGGACGAAGGACACCACACUGGUCUCGGCCAGAGCCCUGACCAGUAACAAACCAGCUGUGGCCAAACCUAAGCAGAUGGCGCCACCUGGUGGCCAGGUGUCAGCAGUACCACAGCAGCAGAAAAACACGACCGCCUCUGCAAAGAAAGACCUCGUCAGAGCUGCCCCCGUCUCCAGGGCCCGGCUGUCGGGCUCAAACCCCACCCUCAACAAGAUUGCUGGCCCGGCCAAGACUGCCAAAGCUAAGCUCCCGGCAGAGCCAAAGCCCAAGAGCCACCCAGUUCCUGCUACUCCCAAGGCCUUGGAGAAGCCAAAGGGGCCGAAGACCCCUCCCAAGGCAGGGGGCAGCCAUCCUGCCACCCCACAGAGAGCAGUGGCCUCCACCACGAAGAGGCUGUCCACUGGGAGCCCUGGCAAGAAGCCCCUUAAGAAGGAGGCUAGCUACAACCUGGAGCCAGUGCCUGUGCCCAGGAAAAAGCUGCUUUCCCCAGGACAGGGAGAGAUCAAGGAAGCUGCUGUUGAUGUCCUUUUGGCCUCUCCUGAUGUCCUGCCUGGCUCAGAAAGGGCAACCCCCGAGGGCAGUGUGAGACCUCUGGAUGAGCAAGGGUUAACACUGGAGGUGGGCCCAGUUCUGCUCAAGCCGGUCCCUGCAGAUGGGGAUGCUCCCGAGAGCUAUAGGCCAGAGGUGCCAGGAGCGGAACAAACACCUGCCAGGAACCUGGAAGGGGUGGUUGAAGAUGGAGCAUCCCAGGAAGCAGGAGGCUCAUCUGGCCCAGAGCUGGUGGCUGCCAACCCUCUAUCCUGCCAAGAGAGCUGUCCUGGAGAACAGCAGCUGACUGGUCUCUCCCCACCACAAGGGGUGGGCUCUCCUCCCAGGGAGAUGCUGCCCCCAGCAGGCACCUGGGGGCCAAAGCCAGCAGACACAGAGCUCCCCGAUGUGACACUCAAACCCCAGGGAGAGCAGAACCUGGCGGACACCCCAUCUAUGCUUCUAGACCCCUGUGAGACUGGCCCAGCAGCCCAGGGGGAACCACUGCCCUGCCAGGAAGCCCUGAUGGCUGCUGAGCACGUGGACUUGUGGCCAGAAAGCAAAGGAAGAGUGGCUCAGGACGUGACCUGCCUGGCCUCAGCCCAGCUGGAUUCCUCCUGCCCAGCUGGGGCCUCCCAGAUGCUGCCCUUCAGUGAAGAGGCUCCUUGGGGUGGCACAGGGGGACAGCAAUCUCCAUGUGGGUCACCAAAGCAACUGGCAGAGCUUCUGCAAGGAGGGGAGCGGGAGGAAGAGAUGCCGGAUGAGCCAAAGGCAGAGUGGUCAACGCAUGAGACAGACUCGCUUCCUCGGGUUGGCCUGGAGGGUUCCUCCCCAGAUGAUGAUGUGGCAGAGCCAGGAGCCAUGGAGCUGAGAGAGGAGAGGGACCGGAGUGUGUCUCUAACCCUGCCAGGGCGUGGACAGGAGACCCAGGAUGCUCUUCCCCUGGAGAGAGGACCCCAGGGCACUCACAGGGGCUCUGGGAAGAUGGGGGAUCUGGAUGCCGAAGGAGUGACUAGUACAGAGGAGGCAGUGGCUGCUUCCCAGUUGAUAGAGGGGCUCAGCAGAGAGCCAGGCCGUGCAGGGCAUGAGCCAGAGAAGGCUGUUCCCCCUGCAGAACAGCUCCGUGAGGACAGCAAGGGCCCUGAAGUCCAACCCAGUGUCACUUCUCCUGCCAUGUCCCUCCCUGGUGCUGAACUGGACGGAGUCACCUUAAGAAGCCUUGAGGAAGCUGAGCUGGAAUGCACCCACCUAGGUUCUCCUGGAGACAUUGCCAAGGUGGGGCCCAUGGAAGGGGAGCCCCCACUGAAGGGUGGGGCUGAUGUGUUGGAGGACCUGGAGCCACACGCCCAAUGGGAGUCACCACUGGGUCCCGAGAUGACCGUGCACAAGCCUCAGAGCCUGCCCCUGAAGAGCCUGGAGUUACUGCAGGAGCCGGCCCAAUGCCCUCCACCCCUGGGCCAGCUGUCGUCCAGUAGCGCUGAGUCGGAAGGGCCGUCCAAGAGUCGCUCCUCCAAGUCCAGCACGCUGAGUGGCCCCGACCUGGCCGGCAAGAGCAGCAGUGAGACCAGCACCCCGGAGGAGCUGCGGGAUUACGACAGCAGCUCCGGCGUGGAGUCCAAGUCAGACGAGAAGCUAGAACAGAGCUUCCCCCGCAGCCCCCUGGAGGACCUGCCAGGGGAGCAGGACUUGGGGAUCCACAUGGACAAGGGGGACGAUGAGGCAGAGACCCUCCCAGCAGACGAGCUUCUAGGUGACCCGCCCACUGAGCCCACAGUGUCCUCUGAGGAGGAGGGGGACCUGGAUGGAGACCUCCUGAAGGAAUCCUGCUUCCCUGCCAUGGGCAAGCCCCUGGUGUGCCAGGUGCCCUCCCCGCCCCACAAGCCAUCCCUGGAGGAGUCGGAGGAGCUGGGCUCGGGUGAUGCCGGCACUGGAACACCAGCUUCCACCAACUCGGCCACCUCCUUCGAUGCCGCCUUCCACCUCCACUCCACUGACAGCUGCGGAAAGAGCCCUGGCCUCUCCUCCCUGGAGAGCGAAGAGCACUCGGCCGAGAGCACCAGAGACCAGAUCCCCAAGGGCUUGGAGCCGGCCAGCCUCCCUGAGGUGGAAGAGCAUGGCAAGAUCUCCCUCCCCAGGGACUGGGGCUGCCAGCUGGAGCACCCCCUGCAGAUGGGCCCAGCGGACGAGGAGGAGCCGGCCUCCCAGCCCUAUGGCACUGCUCCCCGUGGCCCGGCGGCAGGUGAGAGCGGGGCUGGCCUGGGGCCCUUCUCCUGGGGGCCCUGCCCCCCUGAAAUCCUCUCCACCAUCUACGAGGUGGAAGGAGGCGCAGAGACUCCCGGACAGGUGCCAGAAGAGGAGGAGGAUGGGAGCUGCCAGCUCCCCCCUGCUAUCCCUUGUGACAAGGCCCCCCUGCACCUGGGCAGCCUCCAAGCAACUGUCAUGCAGCAGCUGAUCAGCCGGACUCUGCUCUUCUCCUCCAGUGGAGAGGCACCUGUGGGGAGCAGAGGGGCCCCUGUCAUGAGUGAGGUGGAGCUCGGAAAGUGGACAGACCUGCUGUCACCAUUGGAUGAGUCUCGGGCCAGCAUCACCUCAGUCACCAGCUUCUCCCCCGAGGAUGUCUCAUCUCCCCAGGGCGACUGGACGGUGGUGGAGGUGGAGACCUUCCACUGACUUCCCCCACCCGCACCGGCUUCACACCCUCCUUCCCACACGUCCUCUGGGUGAAGGCUCUGCCUGUUGUGGCUUAGAUCCCUGCUGUGAUCUGCUCUUCUCCUUCCCCUGGCUUUUCUGGGGGACCAAGAGUGGUGAGGUGGUCAGUGCCUCUGAUCCAGCCAUGCAGAACUUUCCUUCUACCUCUUGGCCCACACUGCAGCAAGUGGCUUCCCAAGUUGAGGCUUUGUAACUAGGCAGAAGCAGCCACUAGAAGAACUUGUGCUGGGGUGAGGUUUAGCUGCUUCCCCUGAGUCCUUGACUUCAGUUUCAAAUGUCUGAAUUCUGCUCUCAUCCCCUCCCCAACUCCAUAGAGCUCCCAGAUCCUGCAGCCGAAGGGGUGGAGGGUUAACAGCAGGAUGAGCAAAACUCUUACAACACCUCCCCCCUCCCUGUAAGGUGGGGUGAUCCUACAACAGCCCCUGUCCUCCACAUACCUGGUCUCCCAAGAGACUAUUUUAGUUUGUUAGCCCUGGUGGCCUCCAUAAGAGAUCUAAAAUCUACAGGUUCUUCGGCAGAGGCUGGAAAACGGGUUGGCAGUUUCCGGCCAGUUCUCAAACAGCCAUGCCCAUCUCUUCACCUCCUUCCCACCCACUGCUAGAGGAGGCCUCAUUCCUGCAGGAGAACAGUGCCAACCACCCAUCAUGUGACUGGAAGAACUGAAGCCAUGGGGGGUGGGGCCUUCCUUGCCCAGCAACUCUGUCCCUCAGAGACACUCUCCGGGCCAUGGUGGGUCAGUUGAGUCUAUGAUCUGCCUAGCCUGCGGCAGGAGGAGGGGAGGAAGAAGGACAUGGCCUUAAAGCUGGACCUAACUCUUCAAUGAAUGUUCUCUAAUUUCCUUCUGUGCUCUUGGAGCUGGGCUGAUGGACAAUGGGGAAGGGGGUGUGCUGCAUGCAUGGGCAUGGUUUGACAUGAUUUGCCUGCUGUGUUGGAAGACAGCAGAGGCCUUGGCUCAUGUUCCAGCUGUUGCAUUGUGAGGAUGUGGGGUUGGUUGGGUGUGGUUAUUUUGCUGCUGUGGGUGUACCUUUAUGCACAGACCUGCUGUCUCUGUUAACUGCUGCUGGCCAGCCACAACUCCAGUAGCUGAAAGAGGCCUGGGGGUGGAUUGAAGGCUUGGCUCCUCAGGUGGGGGCUGGGUACAGGGGGUUGGGGAG